AUGGACACGACGGCGCUGCGCAGCUUCGCCUUCAAGAAGCUGCAGGAGGCGAGAGAGCGCGGCUCGGAGCUGGCGGCCGUGACGGCUGCGCGCGCGGCCUCGUCCAUCUCCAGCUCCGUGCCCGUGUCGUCGCCCUUCGUCUUCCGCGCGCAGAGCUCGGCGGCGCAGCAGGAGCCGCAGCUGCCCCUGCCGCUGAACAAGAAGCUGGAGACGCUCAAGACGGCCAAUGACUCGCUGCGGGGCGCGCUGACCGGCAGCGAGUCCGAGGCGCUGGACGAGAGCAUCUACAAGCUGGACCUCAUCAACGAGUCGCUGGCGUUCACGAUCGAGAACAUCCAGGAGGGCUCCCACGUGAUGAAGCUGCUGAACCGGCAGCUCAAGGACAGCGCGGCCAUGCAGAAUCCCGCGCAUAAAACCUUUUAUCAGCGCGCCGAGCAGAGCGCGUAG